AUGGCGACAGAAGCGGCAAGGUCGGUGGUGGACCUAGGUCACACCGCUGAGAGCGUGCUUGCUCCGCCUCCGGCUCCUGCCGCCCCUGCCGCUGAGGCUCCAACUGCUCCCCCGGUUCCCCUUGCCGCUGCUGCACCGUCAACGGCCCCAGUCCAACUGGCGUCUGCUCCCCCGCCAAGCCUCCCUCUUCCUCUCGGUGCUCCUGCCCCUGAUGCGCCCGCUCCUGUUGCGCCGCAACCGCCUGUGGCGUCGCCACUUGUCCAAGCUGCCGCCGGCGUCCCUGCGCCGGGGACAGCGGUGGGCGCCUCCCACGACCCCGCGCACCAGGUCGCACUUGCGUCUGCACCGGUACAGCCCGUCGCGCAGCCGCACGCGGAGUCCCACAGUCGUGGUGUUGCUGGGGGCAGUACGGCGGCGCAUCGGGGGCGUGGUUCUCCUCGGCGUCGCCCCUCCCCAUUGUACCGGAAUGCGCAUCGCGGUGGCCGCGGUGGCUGGGUCCAGGCCCAGCUGUUGGCCGUGCACCACCACCCGCAUCUCGUCCGGUCGCCGCCCCUCCGUAUCCGCCUCUUCCAUGGAUUCCCCCCGUUCCGGACACGUGAUUUGUGGGAGCGGGAGGCGGAGAGGCGAGGGGGCCCUUCCGCCCUCUGCGUCGCGUUGAUGAAGGUCCGACUGCGCCCCCUCCGCCAGCUCUUCCCGUUCCCGUUGCGGCGAGGCUGA